CGCGCUCUGGAACGUUCCGCGGCGCUAACGGUCGCGGCCCGGCUUCGCGCCUCACACCUCAGCUCUGCCCCCCCCCCCCCCCCCCCCCCCCCCCGGCCGUGUCGCCUCACGCAGCCGUGUGGAGCCGGGGGCCAUGAGUGGCCUCGCUCCGCGUGAGCGGCCGCGUCCAGGCGAGGGCAAGGCGGGAGGCGUCGAGGGAGUGCCCCCCGCUGUCCUGUGUGGGGCUGGGGCACGGAGCGACACAGCCUGAGGCGCUCCCCUGACAGGAAUUUCAGCGCUCCCCCCGUACCGCAAGCACCGGCCCCACAGCAAGCAGCGGCCGGGCUUCGCCUCCCGGUGACCGCACGCAGCCGACCCCUGUGGGCCGGGCCGGGAAGGGAUGGGUAGGGUAGGGCCGGGCUAGGCCGGUCGGGGGGCGGCGCGGUGCGGUGCCGGCGGGCGGCACCUCCGCGAUGACGCGGCCGCAUUCCUGCCUGAAGAGCGGCGGCGCCCCGCGGGGGCCGUCAGACAGGCAGCGCCGCCGCCGCACUCGCAGCGCUCAGAUCCACGGGAAACGCUAUUUCUCAUCCGCCUCUCGCGCCGCCGGCACUUCGAGCGAGUUUUAUCCUCCUCCCUGCCUUUAUUUAUUUAGGGGUUAGCUGGGCGCUCGUUCCGCCGCCGCUUUUGUAGCGAAGGAUUUUUGCUCGUCCUUGCGAGGAGCGCCUGGUUGCCCCGAGGAAACCUCGCCCCGGUUCCGACAGCAGAGGCGCGGCCGCCCCGCCGCCAAGGACAAAAGAGCGGCCGCCACCGCCGCGCAGGGCUCCGCCGCGCCAUGAGCAGCGCCGAGAUGGGCAAGUUCAACAUCUCGCCCGACGAGGACAGCAGCAGCUACAGCUCCAACAGCAACGAUUUCAGCUAUCCCUACCCCACCAAGCCGGCCGCCAUGAAGAGCCACUACGCCGAUAUGGAUCCAGAAAAUCAGAAUUUCUUGCUCGACUCCAACGCUGGAAAGAAGAAAUACGAAACUCAGUAUCAUCCGGGUACCACUUCCUUUGGAAUGUCAGUAUUUAAUCUGAGCAAUGCUAUUGUGGGUAGUGGCAUCCUUGGUCUUUCUUAUGCCAUGGCUAACACUGGAAUUGCUCUUUUUGUGAUACUCCUGCUAUUUGUCUCAAUAGUUUCUUUGUAUUCAGUGCAUCUCCUUUUGAAGACUGCCAAUGAAGGAGGAUCUUUAUUAUAUGAACAAUUGGGAAUGAAGGCAUUUGGUAUGGCUGGAAAACUUGCUGCUUCUGGAUCAAUCACAAUGCAGAACAUUGGAGCUAUGUCAAGCUACCUCUUCAUAGUGAAAUAUGAGUUACCAUUGGUCAUCAAGACAUUUAUGAACAUCGAAGAGAACACAGGAGAAUGGUAUCUGAAUGGCGACUAUUUAGUGCUGCUGGUGUCUGUCAUCCUCAUUCUUCCCCUGUCGUUACUGAAAAAUUUAGGAUAUUUGGGCUAUACCAGUGGUUUUUCCUUACUUUGCAUGGUCUUUUUCCUGAUCGUUGUAAUUUGGAAGAUGUUUCAGAUUCCUUGCCCUAUGGGCAGUGACAUAGUGAACAUGACAUUAAUAAAUGCGACACUGGCACCUUCGGUAGAUGAAAACAUAACAAGCGAUGAUGCCUGCAAGCCGAAAUACUUCAUCUUCAACUCACAGACUGUCUAUGCUGUCCCAAUCUUAACAUUCUCUUUCGUCUGCCAUCCUGCAAUUCUUCCUAUCUAUGAAGAACUGAAAGGCCGAAGCCGUAAAAGGAUGAUGAAUGUGUCCUAUGUAUCUUUUUUUGCCAUGUUCCUCAUGUAUUUAUUGGCUGCUCUCUUUGGAUACCUAACGUUUUAUGGAAAUGUUGAAUCGGAACUGCUUCAUACCUACUCUGCCUAUCUGGGCCCUGAUGUUCUUCUUCUUAUUGUGCGUCUCGCUGUCCUUAUGGCUGUAACCCUUACCGUACCUGUAGUUAUUUUCCCAAUCCGCAGUUCCAUUACCCAGCUACUGUGGGCAGGGAAAGAGUUCAGCUGGUGGCGUCACUGUUCUAUUACAAUUGUUCUUCUGGCAUUUACCAACGUGCUUGUUAUCUUUGUUCCUACUAUUCGAGACAUCUUCGGAUUCAUUGGUAAGCAUUUUCGUGUCAGUUCAGGCAGUUCCUUAAGUCUUGGAAAAUGCAGUUACGACCUAAUUAAAUUAUAUUUACCUGUUCACUUAUGUUUACCUGUUCACAAAAUUUUAUUUUUGUGCUUUGUGAACACAGGUGCAUCUGCUGCUGCCAUGCUGAUCUUUAUUCUGCCUUCUGCCUUCUAUAUCAAACUAGUGAAGAAGGAACCAAUGAAGUCAGUGCAAAAGAUUGGGGCUGCGUUAUUCUUUCUAAGUGGUAUAGUUGUGAUGACUGGGUGUAUGACACUGAUUAUUCUAGAUUGGACCCAUAGUGAUGUAUCCGAUGGCCAUUAACUGACCUGGUCUAAUACUCGCUACUCCACUUCAAAUGCCAGUGUUCACUCAGAUACCUACUGAGAAUGAAAAUGAGCUAUUCAGCUUCCUUUAAAAUGCAGAUUCUUUGUUGAUGGUUCUUCUGAUUGUAGAAUACCUGAACUCUGCCUUUAAGAAACUAUUCUGCAUGAUGGAAAUGGAUACUGACAUCAAAUCACGAGUGUCUGGCUGAAGGAAGUGACAACUUUAUUCCAUUCCAGAGAAUGGACAGAACUCUCUGUAGACUUUUAUCAAGCCAUGUUUGGCUUUCGUCAUUGUUACUUGGAUAUUUUGUUAUUUUACUUGAAUGUGCCUAAUGGAACCAUUUGAUGUAAGAAGUGACUCUUAAUUUACAGCAAAGUGUUUAAAUAACCAAUGAGAGAGAGAGAAAGAGAAACACUAUUAUUUUUUGUACCAAAAAUUCUUAUGGACCUCAAAAGCACUAUUUUGACUUUAAGAAACAUUUUUUUCUAAAAAGAAUGAAAGAAUAUCAUAGAAGAGCUCAUAAAAGUAUUUAAUCAGUGUCCUAAAUUAAAUCUAGUUUGCCUUUCUGUAGAGGCAUAACUAGAAGAAAAUUUAUUUUAAAAAUAUCUUCUGUUUUGGUCAUUAGAAGUGAACCAAUUUAAGUCAAAAUCCUCUAAUUUUAAAUGCUUCCCAUAAAAUUCAAUUAAUUUGAAGUACAGUGAAAAUAAUCCUCAAAAUUCUAUUUCACUAUACUUAAAUUUAAACAACAGUUAUCUUUGUUUCCAAAAAUGGUGUGGAAACCCAAAUUUUCAAGCUUUAAAAAAUAACGAUCUUUUAGAACAGGUAUGUUUGAGGAAAACAUACUUAAUGUAGAACCCAAAAAGAUGGUGUUGACAUUUCCCUUCUUGAGGUACUUAAUAGUGCAAUUGGGUAAGACAGGGUUUGGGGUUUUUUGCUUUUUUAUUGUUUUUUGUUUGUUUUCUGUUGUAGAUAUAAACUAAAUGGCACUGAAGCAUAUCAUGCCAUUGAUAUAAAACUCCCUCCUGGAGUUCUGUUUAUUAAUAAGGUCCACUGUCAGUUGUAGCAAUGUUUGUUGUCGUUUUUUUUUCUGUCCAAUCUUGAAACACUCGGUAGGAAAAGAAAAAGGUCCUAAUGUAGUUUACUAGUUGUAUGAUAUUCCAAAACUGUACAGUAUUUCUCAAAUUACUUAUCCAUUAUUGGAUUUUGAAUUACUUGACUAUUCUGUUUCUGAGUCAAAUCCACAAAAUAACUGCACCAGUGUUUCAUGCUUGGUACAAACUCUCUUCACGAACACAACUGGGAUUCCUCUUCCAAUUUAUACUGUAUAGUAGUACUAAAGAUAACCUCAUAGACUGGAUAGUCAUCUCAUACUUGUUUGCUUCAGAAAUAAGUAAGUUUCUUAUGAGCCCUAGCUAGCUAGCUGAUGAAACAGGUGCUGUAUGGUUGUGAUAGCUGUUUUGUUUCUAGUGCAUGUUUAAUCUCUCGUUCUUAUCCCAGGUUGAAGAGAAAUAACACUUGUGUAACAGCGUACUUGGCUUAUAAGAGGUUCUCAAACAUAACGAUAUUGGGUACAAAAGCCUAGAUAGAGAUUAUUAAUGAAAUAAUCAUGGCAAUGUGGUCAGCUGUCUUCAUCUAACUUAAUGUUUUAGAGAUCCAAUUUACAAUGUUCUGCUCGGUAUUUAUGUUAGAGGGAACAAGUAGGGGCCUGUAUUCCAUUGAUUAGACAGUGCCCAAGACUUUUUGCUCUUGUAGAAUCAAUCAGGAACAAAUCUAAAUCAUAGUCAUUGUUUGGCAGAUAACAUCAAGCUCUGCCCAGCCAUUUAAAAUCUAUGAAAAAAUUGCAGGUAUUUUGUAUCGAUACUUCUGCAUGGCUAUAAGUACUGGUCGCUAAGUCUGUAAUGUAAAACUGUAACGAGAAGUUAGAUUCCUUUUAUGUUGUUUGUAUCAUUAGUUCAGUGGUACUCAACUGACAAUUAACGAUCCUGGAGUCAGCACUGACUAAAGCUCCUUAGGUACUUCUCUGCCUCAGGUACUUGACAUCCGUGGCUAACUAUCCCAUGAUACCUGAUCACUGUACAGGAGUGCUGAGCGUGCGCCUCGGUACUUUGGCAGCUUUUCUUCUUCCUCUCCACAAAUGUAGAACGGUGGAAGAGGUUUAAAAUGUUGUCUACCUUUGAGCAAUUUGUAGCACAUAAGGGAUGAAACACUUCCCUUGCCAGUAUUUAAAAAAAAAAAAAAAAAAAAAAGGUGAAAAAUAACCUCCUUUCUUUCAGUAACCAUAGCAGAGGAGGUAGAAAUGAGAAGUCACUCCACAGUCCUUCUUGGCAGCCAGAGAGGAGAAGAAAUUUUGUGAUGACACCUCAUAAUGUUGCAUGAUACAUGUCACUUAAUUCUCCUAGUGUAGCAAUUUCUGGCUUCUGCGUUGUGUUGUUCUUUGAUGGCUGGCUCUCUACCUGCAACAGUUGAGUUCCACUUGGCUGGGUUGAUUUCGAAUGUAUGGUUUUUUUGAAACUUGUCUGUCUAAAGUCACGUACAUAACAAACCACCUGAAAGAGCAGCUUCAGUAUUAAACCACUGUUUUGUCACCUCAGUUAGACAUUACCGUCUUCCAUGAUAUUUCAGUCAUAAGUGUAACAUUAUUUAUAAAACAUUAAUCCAUUAAGCCUAAGCCUAUUUUUCAAUAUUUAUGAUAGUCUAUGUACAUAAAUUGUAUGUGUGUAUAUACUGUAAGUAUAAUGUAUAUAAUGUAGGUUUGGGAUUCGGGAUUUAUGUAUAUAUUCCUCUCUCAUUACUGAAUAUUACAUCAUUUCAAUGAGUUGUUCAUGUUGUACAUCUGUGUAACAACUGUCAAAAGAAAGGUCCUUUUACAACAACAUGGAAUACCUACAAAAAUGGAGGUAACGUGUUAACACCUGAGGUGUGUAGGAAAACACUACGGUUGUAUUUAUUACAAAUGUAUAUGUUGCAGUAAACACAGGCAUCACUUGGGUCCAUAAAAAGCGUAGUUCAGGUUCGUGUAUGCUUUUCCUGUAAAAUCUACCAUGGAUGUUACAAUCUCCUGAAUGCAGCAAUUUAACAACUUUUACGACCUAUCAGCUUUGUUAGGCCAUCGGCUUCAGGCAUCCUACGGUACAUCCGUGUACAUAUGUGAAUAUCCACUGUAUUGUUAGAGGCCAACAGUCUGACUGCACUUGUUGGCAGAGAGCGCAACACAGUUUCAAUGAAACAUUGUAUGUUUGUUUUAACUGAACUUAAAUAAAUAAAUAGAUAAUCCUAAGCA